CACCGUUUCAGGCUUUCAGCUUGACUGAACUGAGCACACAGACGAACAGAACAGCCAAAACCCUGAUGAGAAGAACCCUACUGAGAGCUCCCCUCUCACUCUCAUCAGCCCGUAUUCUUCCUCCAAGACCUCCCCGUCCGUACAUCCAUGGAGGGUUUUCGUCGAAAGCUUCAAAUUCUCACUGUACGUCAAGUUUCAGCUCAAAUUCCAGGUGGGUUUUCACCAACUCUCUCCCUCCUCCCGAAUGGGUAGAACCUUUCAAUGACGUCUCUGAUGUAGUAUCGAACACACAAAAUUUUGACCCAUCUCCGUGGGUCGCUCAAAUUGUGAAUCUUUUAGAUGGGUCUCCUACAAUGGAGGCCAAUUUAGACUCUUACUGUCGCACAUUCUUGAUCAAAUUGUCUCCUAAUUUUGUUUCGUAUGUGUUGAAAUCUUCUGAGCUUCGUGGGAAGCCCAAAACCGCCUUGCGGUUCUUUGCUUGGGCUGGUAGCCAGAAGAAGUAUCAUCAUAAGCUUGACUGCUAUGUAUCUUUGAUUGAACUUUUAUCUGUGUGUCGUGAUUUGGACCGUAUUCGAUGUGUACUUGUUAAGCUUAAAGAAAUGAACUUUUUGAUGACUUCUUCAGCGGCAAAUUCUUUGAUUAAAAGCUUUGGAUGUCUUGGAAUGGUUAAUGAGCUGUUGUGGGUUUGGCGUCGAAUGAAGGAGAAUGGGAUUGAGCCUAGUUUGUACACUUAUAACUUUUUACUGAAUGGUUUGGUGAAUUCGAUGUUUAUUGAAUCCGCUGAGCGGGUUUUUGAGGUUAUGGAAGGCGGGAAAAUUGCACCGGACAUUGUGACUUAUAAUACAAUGAUUAAAGGGUAUUGUAAGGUAGGGAAAACCCAGAAAGCAAUGGAGAAGUUCAGAGCUAUGGAGGGGAGGAAUGUGGAACCUGAUAAGAUUACUUAUAUGACUUUAAUACAGGGGUGCUAUUCAGAAGGAGAUGUUGAUUCGUGUUUGGGUCUUUACCAAGAAAUGGGAGAGAAAGGACUUGAAAUUCCACCUCAUGCGUAUAGUUUAGUGAUCAACGGGCUUUGCAAAGGUGGGAAAUGUAUGGAAGGAUAUGCUGUAUUUGAAGAUAUGAUUCGGAAGGGAUGUAAAGCCAAUGUGGCAAACUAUACAGCAUUGAUCGAUUCAUAUGUGAAAUGUGGGAGCAUUGAGGAGGCAAUGAAGCUUUUCGAGAGGAUGAAAAAUGACAGGCUUGAACCAGAUGAGGUCACUUACGGGGUUAUCGUCAAUGGAUUAUGUAAGAGUGGGAGAGUGGAGGAGGCAAUGGAGUACUUUGCUUUUUGUGAAGGCAGGGGGAUGGCAGUUAACGCUAUGUUUUAUUCUAGUCUAAUCGAUGGUCUUGGAAAAGCAGGGAGGCUUGAUGAGGCUGAAAGGCUCUUUGAAAAGAUGGUAGUGAAGGGAUGUCCACAGGAUUCAUACUGCUAUAAUGCCCUUAUCGAUGCCCUGGCUAAAUGUGGAAAAGCUGAUGAAGCAUUAGCACUCUUUAAGAAAAUGGAAGAGGAAGGUUGUGAUCAGACGGUUUAUACAUACACAAUACUCAUCAGCGGACUUUUUAAGGAGCACAGAAAUGAAGAGGCAUUGAAGCUCUGGGACAUGAUGAUUGAUAAGGGCAUCACACCGAAUGUUGCUUCCUUCAGGGCCCUCUCUAUUGGGCUUUGUCUCUCAGGCAAGGUAGCCCGAGCCUGCAAGAUUUUGGAUGAGCUAGCGCCAAUGGGUGUGAUUCCUGAGACAGCUUUUGAAGAUAUGAUCAAUGUGCUGUGCAAAGCUUGCCGUUUAAAGGAAGCCUGCAAAUUGGCCGAUGGAAUUGUGGACAGAGGUAGGGAAAUACCAGGACGAAUCCGAACAGUUCUAAUCAAUGCCUUGAGGAAAGCAGGCAAUGCAGAUUUAGCUAUGAAGUUGAUGCAUAGUAAGAUCGGUAUUGGGUAUGACCGAAAGGGUAGCGUCAAAAGGCGAGUGAAGUUCCGAACUCUCUUUGACAAGCAGAAGAAUCUGAUCGGUUCCCUUGGCCUACAUGGCAUAUGUUGGAUGCAUUGGUGAUCUCUGUGUCAGUACCCAGGUGUGACCACUGUGAGGUGAAGGCCCCUACCCCGAGGAAUAGGGUUAUCAAUCUGUGAAGGAUCUAGACUGAUGCUUCGGUACUGGGAUAGGCCAAAAUCUGGUAUGCCCUACUCGUGUCAGCCAUUACUUUCAUCAUUAAUUUGCAAAGAUGCUUCUCUUUCUAAACCUCUACUUUGUGCAUGUACCCUUCGCUGUUUGAAUGUUGCAUUUUGUCUUGAUUUUCUUAUAAUUUUGGUCAUCUGGCUUGAAUCC